UCAAGUUCAGUCCCUAAAAUGGAAGAAGCUAAAAGCCAAAGUUUUGAAGAAGAUUUUGAAGGGCAAGCCACACAUACAGGACCUAAAGGAGUAAUACAUGAUUGGAGAAAGUUUAAAUUAGAAAGUGAAGAUAGUGAUUCAAUCCCACCCAACAAGAAGGAAAUUCUCAGGCGAAUGUCUUCACCUCACAGUAGAAAUGAAAAAGACUCAAAAGAACGAUUUGGAAGAAAGAUGAGUAUUCAAGAAUAUGAACUAAUCCACCAAGACAAGGAGGAUGAAAACUGCCUUCGUAAAUACCGCAGGCAGUGCAUGCAGGACAUGCACCAGAAACUGAGUUUCGGGCCUCGAUACGGGUUUGUAUAUGAGCUGGAAACUGGGGAGGAAUUCCUGAACACCAUUGAAAAGGAGCAGAAGAUUACCACCAUCAUCGUCCACAUCUAUGAAGAUGCCAUUAGGGGCUGCAGUGCUCUGAACAGUAGUUUAAUGCGCCUUGCUGUUGAGUACCCGAUGGUUAAGUUCUGUAAAAUAAAAGCCUCUAAUACGGGUGCUGGUGACCGCUUCUCCUCAGAUGUCCUCCCCGCCUUGCUGGUGUACAAAGGUGGGGAGCUCAUAAGCAAUUUCGUUAGCAUUGCUGACCAGCUUACUGGGCAAGCCUUUGCUGGAGAUGUGGAGGCCUUCCUAAAUGAGUAUGGGUUACUACCUGAAAGAGAAGUUCAUGGCCUGGAGCAGGCCGACGUGGAAGAUGAAGAUAUUGAAUAA